UUCUAUCAUUACUCAACAGAGAGAUUGUUAUCUUAGAAAGUGUGAUAUAUAAUGGGCGACGGAGAUUUGAAUGAGUUGGAAAAUGUGACCUCAAAUCUAGGAUCACUUAAAUGCAAUCGCCUGAAGAAGACAAUGAAGGAUAAGUGUUUGGUGAUCGGAGAAACAACGAUGUACUACGGUAACUUCGGUUCCGUCCAAGUCCUGUCUCCUAUUCCGGGAUCUCCAAAUCCAGGAAUUGAAGCCAAGAACACCUACAUUUGCCCGGACAGUCCAAAGGAAACCAUGAUGCCUCCCCAGACUGAACAAAAAGUUCUAUCAAAGAAAGGAAAGAAAUCCUCUUCACAAUGGAAGAAUAGUAAAACCGAAGAAAAGAAGAACGCAUCAUAUGCGUUGCCACCAUUAAAAGCUGCCCCUGGUAAUGUUAGUAAUAGCCAAUUUUCAACACGGACAAAAGGGAGAAAGCCGUGUCAUUUCCAGCGUUCCAAAUACACUUACAACAGGGAAACUGAUUACUCCAUUGGACCUGGUCAGGCAUGGAUUCCACAACCAGGCUUCAAACCCAGUGGAAAGAAAACAACACCAAAAAACACUUUGAUAACAGAAUCGUCAAGCCUAAAAUAUGGAUCGCUUCUUAAACUCAUAGAAUCUUCAAAGUGGGUACAAGAUUCACCUUCGCUGGACACUACUUCAACAGACAGUAUUGAACUACCUGCGAUCCGGGGAGCCCCAAAGACCUCAGACUCAUCACAUACCUUUACCCCAACUGUCCAGUUCAUCAAUAUUUACAAAGAAAGUGACCAGCUUCCCGCCCCUGAAGGUCAGCGCAAUGCCAAUUGCCAGCAGAAGCGUACAUAAGGAAUAUUAUAAAGUCACGAAGGGUUACCAAUGGUAGAUUGCUAGCUUUUAGAAUAUGGCACAAUCACGCGCAGCAAAAAUAUUUUGAAAAUAAUACUUUAAAAUCAUUUGGAAUUUGAAAUACUACACGCAAAAUAUAAUAUAAGUAUUUAUGACUUAAAUGCUUAAUUAUGAUAGAUUGUUAUUGGAAUAAAUUAGGGAAGCGCUAUCCAAUUGAUACAUUCAACCAACACUUAAACGCCGUGUAAAUAGAAAUGUAGCAGCCACUCCCUGCAUCCACGCAUCAUAAAAGCAUUCCAAAUCCACUAUAUACUGUACUAACAUAAUUGAAACAGGAGGUGGUGAACUUCUUUGGAUCGCGAAAGGUAUUCCGGUUUUAAAGAAGUGGUGUGCGAGCUCGUCGUUUUCGCUGAAUUCGGUUUGUACUUCAGAAUGGACAGAAGGAGUGACACUGUGAUAUGUUUAGUGGAUGACCGGAAAGUCUUCCGAAUGGAGCUAAGGGAGACGACCCUCUGACUUAAAGUAUAUGACAGUGUAGUCUAUUGAAUAGAGCUGAAAAGUCAACCCAUUGUUGCUAAAAAGAUGGCGGGAUUCACGUUGUCUUCCGAAUUGAGCCUGUGGUGUUAAGUAGGUGACGGAAAACCUUCCGAAUAUAGCUUCGGGAGACGACACUGUGAUAUCAGUUGGCUGCAUAAUGGUCUCUCAAAUGGAACUAAAGGAAUCGUCCGUGUGGUUUUAGGUAGAUAUCGGUGAAGUUUUCCGGACGGAAGACAGUCCUCGUGAUGUGAUGGUCGGAAAUGCAAUGUCUGUAACUGUGAGAGACAAAACGAGAUGGAGUUCAUAUCAAGCAAUUAUAAUUUAGUUGGAUAUUGAUUCGCUUGAAAGUCAAAAGAAUAUAAAAAAGGAAAGAAAGAAAGAGAGAGACAAAACGAGAUGGCGUUGAAAUUAAGCAAUUAUAAUUUAGUUGGAUAUAUUUAUCAAUCAUCUUAAUAAAUAAUUUGCUUGAAAGUCAAAAGAAGAUAAAAAGGAAAGAAAGAGAGAGAGAGAGAGACAAAACGAGAUGGCGUUCAAAUUAAGCAAUUAUGAUUUUGUUGGAUAUUUAUUAAUUAUUCAAAUAAAUUCGCU